AGAUACAUCGACUGUUUCCAUGGAAACAAUAGCAGAUACAACCUCAACACAAAGUACACCAAAGCUGAUAACAACACGAUUGCUAGAAACAACUUAUAAAAAGCAAACAACGAUAACCAGUGAUAAUACAACAGAAAUAAGAACUAGUACAUUGGUUGCAACAACAUCAGAAGCAAUAACCAGUGAAACAACAUCUCCAGAAAAUACCACUGAAGAAUGUGUAUGUGUCUGCUACGCUACAAAUCAACCCAUAGAUCGUACAGAAUUACAAGCGAAGAUUGAUAAAUUAGUCGAAGAAUUAACCAUUCCUAAAACGGAAACAUCACGGAAUAAAAGAAAGUUAAUAAGUGCACCAGAUAACAGAACCAGUGCGAAGAGUAUUGGAUACGUUGGCGCCACUGUCCUGAUACUGAUCUGUGGUCUCAUCAUUGGAAUGGACGCUUUAAAUAUUUGUAAAAAUGUAUCAUCAAAAUGAAUCUUUGUGAGCAGUAUAUUACCUUUAGUUCAACUUGACAUCAUGCUAUUCAGCACUCAAACAUACGAUAAUGUCGGUACAUGUCAUUUACAUUUAUAUUGUGCGGUUCAAAACGUUUUCAAAAACUCAAGAAAUACAAAAUCAAUAUACCAAGGAAAAACAGCUGAAACCGUAGUUAUCAUUUGUUAAAUACAAAAAAAACGAGAUACAGUGUCAUAAUUAGUGCAAUGAACUAUUUAUACAAUGGUUGUGU